CCCCCCAAUGAUUCCCUCCCUUUUUUAGGUGCGUUUUUUGUACCUAUACGCCGUACAGGGCGGAAAAACGAUGCAAGCGAAAGGAAAAAUGGGCUGUGUAGCACGUCGAGUCGAGCAUGCAUGUGCAUCUCGUCGUCAGCUUUGACCAGCGGCUCUCAUUGCCACCUUUGUAUACAAGAACAAAAAGGAGGUGGGGGGAGUACCACAGGAGUGAACACGUUCACAUUCAUGGAAAGAAAAAACAGGCCGGAUAUGUCUAUGAAUGGUGCUGGCGAAGAAUAUGCCAGCAGCAAUCAAGGCACCCCUUUAAUGCCAAGAGCGUGGCAAACGUUCUAUUGCAUGGAGGGGACCAAAGGCAGAAUAAUACAGGCGGUACUUGCCUGUUGCUGCCACUGUUGUUGCCGCUGCUACUGGGGGCGAUCCCCGUCGUUUCUCCAAUGCGAGAUCCAGUUCCAGCUGCUUGGACUGCAGACGAAUCUGCUCGGUCUUGUAACGUUCCUCCUCAGCUUUCCGCUAAUCAUACGGUCAGAAGACAUGAACGUGUAGAGAUAUAGGCGUCAAUGGUCAAUGGGGCUGCUGCAGACAUUGGGUCAUCCUUGAUCAUUCUUUCGUCGUUUGAGACCGACAAAGGCGUGUCUGUCUGUGUCAUGCCGCAUUAUUGUCAU